AUGCAUAGGGACAUUCAAGUAACAAGUAGAUUUGCAUGGAAACAGGCGGCUAAGUAUGGAUCCAUUAAGCCGGACAUUAUCAGGGCAGAUUGGCAUGCCGCCCCUAUCAUGUGCGGCGGGAUCACCCUUUAUUCUCCACUCAAGAAAUAUGGUGCAGAAGGUAAACACGUCGGAAUAGUUGGCCUGGGAAGGUUAGGACACUUCGGUGUCUUGUUUGCGAAAGCCCUUGGAGCGUUAAAGAUCACAGUCGUCUCGCGCUGGCGUGCGAAAGAGGACGAUGCAAAAAAGCUUAGAGCCGAUCACUUCAUCGCGGCUGACGAAGAAGGAUGGGAGCAGGGUGAUAAUGCAUCCUCCUUGGAUUUGAUUGUGUCCACUGUCUUAUCGGACAAGUUGCCACUCGACCUGUUUCCAGCAUUCCCAGCAGUUGCACUUAUCAUGAAAGCUGUUCACAUCACUGGAUCGGCGAUUGGAUCACCGAAAGAUAUUAAGGAGAUGCUGCAGCUUGUUUCUGAGAAGGGUAUCAAGCCGUGGACGCAAGAGGUUUCUCUGAAGCACACAAACAAAGCAAUUCUCGACUUUGAAAAUGGCAAGCCCCGAUAUCGAUUUGUAUUGAAGAAUGAGAACUAUAGCGGUUAG